AUGCCUACACACCUGACCAUCCAUCCUCCCGACUUGACGGUCGACAUCACGGUCGAUCCACCAACUCCCUUUCCGUUCCAGGAUGUCAUCACCCCAUCCGAUAAGCGCGGCCUCGACACGCUCUUCGCUGUACAGGGACCAAUUCAGGACAGUCGCCCCGAAGCUCUGACACCACGCGGCACGCGUCCCCGACAGAUCGAAUGCGGGACCUACAUUGUAUUUGCGGUCAGCAAGGGGGCCAUCCUGCGGGCCUUCCCUGAUGCGGCUGAUCAGGUCGAACCUCACUCGUUCCGUCGAUAUGUUGGCCUUGUCACUGGCUCGCACGUACAUGUCGCCGAGGGCGUUGAGGAGUUGACCGUCAACUACGUAUCGAGUGUGAUGCCAGGCGUGCCGGAGGUUGAUAAUCAUUGCAUGCCCAUAUCCCCAGCUAGAUCGAUGACGGACGAAGAGGAGGCAUACCCUCUCAAGGUCGAAGGAAACUCCCCGUUCCCGUGGGCAAACUGCGUUCAGUGGACAACAUUAGGCUGCCGUCUGGUGGUGGUGGAAUGCCACAGGUCUAGCAGCAUAUUCAAGUUGGAGGGUAGUGAUUUAGGCAGGCUCCAGAUGCGCAGAGGCACACAGUAUAGCGAUGUCAUGUCCAAGCUGGAAUCUGUGGGGGCCAGCGAGUCAGCCCCUGAGCAACAAAUCAAGGCGCUCAUGGUCCCCGAGCGUGCCAUGCCAGCCGAGGUUUGGCUUGAUAUCGAGGAGAAUGUUAGUGAUGACGCAUGGGAACACGCGUUUUCCUUCUCUGCAGAAAGUGACUGGGUGAAAGAACUCAUCAUCCAACAUUCUGGAGAAGCUGAUCGCCUCAUCGCCGCCACUUGA